AUGGGAAACCUCAUCUGGCACGAGUAUGCUCGCUUUGUCUCUCUCACCGCUAGCGUCUAUACCGUAUGGGCCUCAUUCUUUGGCCUCAUCUACCGCAAGUUUUUCUGGGAUUUUGUGAACGGUACAAUUCGUGCCCCUGGAGGUCUCCAACCUGCGCCUCAGGACGCUUUCUUCAUCAGUAUCAUUGUCAAAGCACCCAUCGUUCCAAUUAUAAGCAUGAUCCUUGGGCUCAUGUUGGUUGCGUUGGACUAUCCGGCACCGUUCCUGAAGGGCACGGGCAUACACCGAAGUUUCAUGUUGAGAGUCGUAGGGAUGAUAUUCCAGGCCUUCUUCGCCGUUCUGUGGUAUCAAGUGUCUAGCUUUGAGAAAGCAAAGACAGCCGGGGAUCUCUUCUUCUUCCCUUCCGAAAUACAUAGACAUGAUGAUUCGGGCAUUCAGUUCGAAAUUAGACUAUGCCCGGCUCUUCAACAGAAGCCACACCUCCCCACUCCCCAUUUCAGUACAUCGCAAACCCCAGAGGUGCCCCUGGAACAACGUAGAGCAGACCCAUUCGAACCACCUUAUGCUCCAAAUCUAUAUGUCGGAGAAUUGACAGAUGAGGAAGAAGGAACUGAGUAUGCCGUGCUGCUGAACAAGUUCUCUGUUGUGCCUAAUCAUUUCCUGCUUGUGACCAAAAAGUAUCAAAGCCAGGCGUCUCCGCUAAUGCCGUCGGAUCUUGUCCAAGCAUAUUCUAUCCUUCUUGCGGCUCGCAAAGCAAGGACGCCAUUCUUCGCCUUCUAUAACUGCGGCGAUAAUAGCGGUGCCAGCCAGCCGCACAAGCAUAUCCAAUUCUUGCCUCUCGAGGACGAAGAUGGCCCCCCAAUCGAGGAACUCGCGAGAGCGGCAAAAAUAGAUAAGGAUGAAAAGCCUUUCUCUCUUUCAGUACUUCCAUUCGCACAUCACAUACGACGUCUCUCGAUCCGCCGUUCCUCUACCCCCGCUGAUCUGGAACCCAUCCUGGCUUCGGCCUUCCUCGAAUUACUCGACCUUGUGAUCUCGACUGUCAGACACGACGAAUCAUACCCCGCCGGCACGCCCUCCUACAAUGUCCUUCUCACCCUCGAACACAUGUACCUCAUACCCCGUCGACAGGAGACAUAUGUACUGGAAGAAUCUGGCGAGAAGCUCAACAUCAAUGCCCUAGGGUUUGCAGGGAUGCUGCUCGUCAAAGAGGAUGCGGAGCUCGAGGCAGUCAAGAAGGAAGGCCCUGUGAAGAUUCUGAGAGGCGUUGGAUGCGAGAGUAUACACGAUUUGCAAGUUCAGGGCUCUCUGGAGCUGGAUGGCGACCCGAAGCUGUAG